UGUUGAGCUAUGUAAAGAGAUGGUGGAUGGGCUGAGAAUAACCUUUGACUUUACACUUCCAUUAAUUUUGCUCUAUCCUUACGAACAAGCUCAAUUUAAGAAGGUGACUUCAUCAAAAUUCUUUCUUCCCAUCAAAGAAAACUCAACAAAUACUAACAGAAAUCAGGAGGAGCUUUCCCCAAGUCCUCCUCUGUUGAAUCCGCCAACGCCUCAGUCAACUGACAGCCAGCCUACAACAGGGGAGCCAGCCACGCCAAAAAGACGAAAAGCUGAACCUGAAAUUCUACAAUCGUUGAGACGUUCUACACGCCAUAGCUCUAACUGUGACAGGUUAUCGGAAAGCAGUGCUUCCCCACAACCUAAACGACGGCAUCUUGAGACCCCAGCUUCUAUGCCAAAGCUCUUCUUACACCUGGAAAAAAAGACCCCUGUCCAUAGUGGAUCAUCUUCGCCUAUAACUUUGACUCCUAGCAAAGAGGGGAGUGCGGUUUUUACUGGCUUUGAAGGUAGAAGAAACAAUGAAUUGAAUGAGGUUUUGUCUUGGAAGUUGAUGCCAGACAAUUAUCCACCAAGUGAUCAACCACCACCUCCCUCGUAUAUCUAUGGAUCUCAACAUUUGCUACGGAUGUUUGGUAAACUGAUGCAAAA